GGAACCAAACCCACAAUAUCUUCAAGUUUCCAUCUCUCUGCUGGAAUUCCACAUCUAGUCAGCUGCAAAGAGUCUUAACCUGUGGCUUGGUACAACAGGGUUCACUGCCCUUCCAACAGAUGAGGCUUCUUUUCCUUAGAAGAGGUACAGAUGGAAUAUUCAGAGAGACUGGAUUGAAAUCUGUGCAUUGCCAAGGGCAAGAAGCUGAGAACAUGGAGAGAGAGAAGUUUCAGCAGAAGGCUCUGAAGCAAACUAAGCAGAAGAAAUCCAAGUCGGCUGAAUUUCUGUUGGUUAAAGAAGAUAGAGAAGCUACAGAAGGCACUGGAAAUCCAGCUUUUAACAUGAGCAGUCCAGAUCUCUCAGCAUGUCAGACUGCAGAAAAGAAAGUUAUUAGACACGACAUGCCGGAUCGCACCCUUGCAGCUCACCAACAAAAAUUCAGGCUGCCAGCCUCUGCAGAACCAAAAGGAAAUGAAUACGGCAGAAAUUACUUUGACCCACUGAUGGAUGAGGAAAUAAACCCAAGGCAGUGUGCAACGGAGGUCAGCAGAGAAGGUGACGAUAGAAUUUUCUAUAAUCGAUUAACGAAGCUUUUUGAUGAGAGCAGACAAGGAGAACCCCAAGAUGAGAGUGGCCGGGAGGAGACUCUGAAUUCUGAAGCACCUGGGAGUUCCAAUAAGAGUCACGAAAUCCACAAAGAAGCCAGCGAAGCCACCACUGCUCACCUUGAGGAGUUCCAAAGAUCUCCUCAGAAAACUAUAAUUCUGCUUGGAAGUUCUCCAUUAGAACAGGAAAUUAGAUCUACCUCAUUGCAUUGUAUGGAGGAUGAGAUGAGUCAUCCAUGGAUACUCUUGCUCAAAGUAACUGCUGUAAUCAGAAGCAGGAGGUACUAUAGAGAGCAAAGAUUCUAAAACCCAUUCUCAGGUCAGUGCUCGCAAUGUUCUUAUGUUCACUGUGUCGGGAAGUUCCAUGAACACACAAGGCAACAUCAUAAAUAGGAAAAACCUUCAGAUUUGGUGUUAGAACUCAGAGCUUUCAUCCUUGAUUCAGAUAUUUAUGUGAACUUAAACCUCUUUGUAAAAUAGCGCUAAAUAAUUUGAACCUCUUAUGGGUGUGUGGGGAUUGAGAUGUGUCCAAGUGCGUGGCAGUUAACGUUUUAUGUUUCUUGCUACUCAUUUUCUAUAUUUGUUGAGACCAUUACCUAUUCUUACUUUUUAUUGCUAUUGUAAUGGUGAACUGAUAAUUACAUAAGGCAAGAUGUUUAAAUGGAGAUGCGGGCCAUCCCAGCUGGGGUGAGUGUUGUUGGCUGAGUCUCUUCUCCUAAACUACUUAUCUAUAACUAUUGAUUUAUAUGGUGACUGGAGUGAUUGCUUCUCAUCCUAACAUAUGGAGAACCUGGGAUGAUAGAAGAAUUCAGAUUGUAAAAAGAGAUGGGGCCCUUGACUAAGGUUACCAGUGGGACUGAGCUGGGAAUUGUCCAGUACAGUGGUUAUUAUUUGAACACUCGUUAGAUUUAGAGAUCCUGAUAGUUGAUGUACAUCUUGGAGAAAAUAAAAAGAGAAAAAUCUCAUAUAUACGUCUAUUGCAUAGCGAAAGGAUGCUGUUAGUAAACUUUGUGAAAUUUGAGUAUCCAAGCACAUCUACUGUGGGACCCCCAUUUUUUUUCCCAUAGACAGAGUAGAACAUAUAAAAAUGAAGUUUGCCUUCUCACUUUGCAAAAGCAUUGUGUGUGGUUGUGUAUGUGCAUGUCUGUGUAUAUGGUUGUGUGGGUGCAUGGAUGUCUAUGCCUAUAUGGUUGUGUCUUUGUGUAUGUGUGUGUGUGCAUGAACGUGGCUGUGGUUGUGUGUGUUGGGGCAGAGAGUGUUGCAGAGCCCAGUGGGACUGGCUUCACUGAAUUCCCAAGUAUCCAGCAUAGAACUGAUGAGAAAAUCACUCUGGAGUCGACCUUUAGUUAGCAGGGGUGACAGCAACGUCAGCAGUGAUGUAAUCAUUCCUGAAGCUAUAGGAAGCAUCAGCCAGCACUAAUAUGUGAGCUAAUGUAAGUCACCCACUGAGGACUCCAGAAGUACCUGGAGAAGAAGAACUUCUCUGCUGGCUGAGAUCUCAUGAUAAAGGCAGACGUAAGAGCCCAUGAAAUCUGGCCUUAGGUAAGACGAAUGUGAUAGGUGAACAUGAUAGCCACAACACUACAGAAACUUAAAAAAGUCUGGUCACUUAAUGUGACCACUUUUUAUUGCACAGAUAUCAGUCUACAUGGGAUAGGCGGGUUCUGUAAGUAUCCUGAAAAGGUGCUGUGGCUGAUGCUUCCUGUCUAAGGCCAUCAAGGCAGCAGGGUAUCACCUGACAUGGUUUGGGCCUGUAUCCCCACCCAAAUCUCAUCUCAAAUCGUAAUCCCCACAUGUCAAGGGAGGGACCUGGUGGGAGGUGACUGGAUCAUGGGGACGAUUUCCCCCAUGCUGUUCUUGUGACAGUGAGUGAGUUCUCACAAGAUCUUGUGCUUUAAAGGAGUUUGGCAGUUCCCCUCAGCUCUUUCUCUCUCUCAUGCUUUGACAUCAUAAAACACACCUUGUUCUCCUUCACCUUCCAACAUGAUUGUAAGUUUCCUGAGGCCUCCCCAGCCAUGUGGAACUGUAAACCUAUUAAACAUUUUUUUCUUUGU